AUGUUUGAACAAAGCACCUUCAUUUCCGACUCUGCUUUUCUUGAUUCCAUCCACCGCCAAUUGGUCGGAGAUUUUGAACCUCCGGCGACGACUAACAUUAAUAAAGAUCAUAUCUUUAACAUGGAAAUCAUAAAUUGGAAUCAAUUUCCCCUUUCAGAGAACGAUUCAGAUGAUAUGCUCCUUAUUUCUCUGUUAAAUGAAACUUCGCCGGAGUGUUCAGGGUCGGUGUUUUCCGGCGAUAGUUUUGAGUUAUCUGGAAAUGGGAUUCCGGCGACGGCGGCGGUUCCGAUUAAGGAAAGACAUUAUCGGGGAGUUAGAAAACGGCCGUGGGGGAAAUUUGCGGCGGAGAUUAGAGAUCCGGCGAAGAAUGGGGCUAGGGUUUGGUUAGGGACAUAUGAAACCGCCGAAGAUGCCGCCGUCGCUUAUGAUAUGGCGGCGUUUAGGAUUAGAGGGUCUAAGGCUUUGCUUAAUUUCCCUCAUAGGAUUAACUCGGGUGAGCCUGAACCGGUCCGGGUUACUUCUAAACGGUCUGUUUCGUCGUCUUCUACUAGUAGUACGACGUCGUUUUUGUGUGAUGAAAAUGGAGGAUGUCAAAAGAGGAGGAAGAAGAUGGGUGACGUGGUAGGGGGAGGAGUGGGUUUGUGACACGUGGCGAAGUGGUAUAAGUUGGUGGAGGAGAUGAAUAAUUAGGAAGUGAAAUGUUGGAUUAGCUAGCAUUUUUGUUGAAAUUAAUUUGUGUUUUUUAUUAAUUAAUCAAUUUUCUAGAAUUGAGAGAUUUGAUUGAUGCCUUAAUUUUAUGGAAUUAUUGCAGUUUUG